UUCAGCUGCGCCACUCCGCUAUCGAGCUUCUCCGGAGAGGAUGAACACGCACACGAACACGCACAUGAACACGCGCGCGGGGCGAGGGUAGAAGGAACACGGUAACCGCGUUGAGUUUGUGGAAAUAUGGUGUUUCUCGGUGGGAAUGAUGGACGCAGUAGACUCCAUUGAUCCGUACAGCCGACCGGCGCGCAGGACACAAUGGGUGGUCAGCACUCUGGCUUACCAUUACGGACUGGACCGGGGGGUGGAGAACGAAAUCAUAGUUCUGGCUACCGGCUUGGAUCAGUACCUCCAGGAGAUAUUCCAUCAUAUGGACUAUCAGGGCGGGGGUAAAAUCCCCGUCGAGGAUUUCAACAUAUUGUGUGACGUCCUGGGACUAAACAAAGACUCGGAGGACACGGAGUGCACCGGCGUUCUGGACAACCUGCCCGGCGAGCUCACCUUCAGACACUUCCACGCCAAGUUGUGCGGGUACUUCAGCACAAAGGCGGGGCGCCAGUACGAGAACGGCCGGCUGCUGGUCGGGAAGGACAGCGAGCACAUAGAAACUCAGAUCCGCCUGCGGAGCCCCCUGAGGCGGCGAGAGAAACUUCUGUCCGGGGGCAAGAGCGCCGCAGCCGCCGCUGGGGUUGAUGGUGGAGGUGGGCGGCACGCCUCCGGCUGCAGGCUCGGGUCCUGCACCAAGGAGUGCUACGAGGAGAUAGUGGCGCUGGAGGAGGCUGAGGACCGGGUAGCGAAGCUGGAAGACGAAAACGCAAGUUUGCGCGAGCUCAUAGAGGACAUGCGCGCGGCACUUCAGAGCAGCGACGCCCGCUGUUUGGCUCUGCAGGUGGGGUUAUGGAAAAGCCAUUCCAAGCAUAAACCAGAGGAGAGCUGUCUCACCGCCCACCAGCAACAAGAGACCCAGAAGAGUUUGAGCAACCUGGAGAGCCUGCAGAACAUCAUCCACGAGAUAGAGCUGCUGCGGAGCUCCAGAGACCUCCAGGUAGAGGAGGCCAUGCUGUGUAACGAGAGGAUGGAGCAGGAACUGUGGACCUCGAAGGAGACCGUGGCAACCCUGGAGGACUGCAACCGAACCCUGAAGAGGGAGCAGGUGGACAUGAGGAGGAAGGUGGAGGAGGCCAGGCAGGCGCUGCUCAGCGGCCUGGGUAAGGUGAAGGAACUGGAGGCCAAGGCCAACCAUGUGCCGACGCUGCAGAGGCACGUCCUCCAGCUGGAAUCCGAGCUCCUCUACUACAGGUCGAAACUGCAACUCCCAGGCAGCACCGGGGCGGAGCAGCAGCAGCAGCAGCAGCCCGGCGUCGGCAACAGGCCGGGCCAGAGAUGCUGCUCGGACUCCCAGCACGACCGAUGCUCUCCGACGGGGCGCGCUGUGACCACGCCGGAUAAAAUGGAGGAGCAGCUGUUCCGUUCGGUGGAGGGCCAGGCGGCGUCCGACGAGGAGGACGACAAGUGGACCGACGAUCAGCAGCGGCAGGUGGACGAGGUGAAGAGGAUCUUGACGAGGCUGUCCUGCUGCGGGGAAAGGUGCGACGACAAGGCGUUCAAGAAACUGAUGUCCAAUUACGGGAGCUCGAGGAGCGAGGAGAGCUGCAGCGCUGUGGUGGAGCUCCUGGAGAGGGUGGCCAGGUUGCAUAAGCAGCUGGAGCUGAAGGAGAGCCAGGCGGAGAUGGACAUGGACCAGAUGAAGGACUCUCUGGUGCAGGAGCUGCAGCAGAAGGCAGAGGAGACCGAGCUGCUUCAGGUGGAGCUGCAGAUGCUGGAGACGGAGCGGGUUCGUCUGUCGCUGGUGGAGGAGAAGCUGGCGGACAUCCUGCAGCUCCUGCAACAGCUCAGGGACCUGAACGUCUCGCGGCGAUCCCUCGGGAAAAUCUUGCUCAGCACUUUGGGGUCCUGCAGCGACCCGCAACACGGGAAAGCUCACAUUCUGGAAGUGCUCAACGCCCUCUAUCAUGAACUGGCCGCCUGCGAGAUCCUGUCCGCUGGUGGACAUUUGGAGCGAACACAGAGUCAGAGGUCUCUGAGCGCCCUCUUCAUCUCCUGCUAAUCAAGACCGCCCCUUGCUGGACCAGCAGCGCUCCGUCAGCCUGUCCAGAGAACACUGAGAGGUCAAAAUACCAGCGGAAUAAUGUGCAUAGUGUAUUAUAUUGUAGCUCAUAUACUCCUCAGACCCUGCUAUCUAUAAAGGGAUGUUAGUCUAGAAUGUGUAUAGCGAAGGGCUUUAGUACAUAUUAACGUAAUUCCUCCAUAGAAAUUAAUUUUCAAGAACUUUGAAUUAACUCUUUUAAUACAGAAGCCCUUAGAGGGAAGUAAGAAUAUAAAAUGUAUAACGAUAUAGAUCAGACUUGGAUGUCUGAUCUAAAUAGUUUUCUCUCCCGUGCUCAUGACUUAAAUAUAGUUUAAAAAAAGGUUUUCCCAGAUAAUCCUUCUUAGUUCCUAGCAUUUUGUUUUUGUUUGUCUAUGAAAAUAUAAGCUAACACACAAUAUAUGUACCCUGAGUUUGAGUCCAUGGAGGAAUUAAACCUCUCCCAGAAGAAAUCCUGAAUGUUUUUGUGAGAACAUGGGGGAGUGGUGCACUGCAGCCUCUUGUGGCCAGAAUGAGUAUUACAACAACAUUCAUACACAACAGAUGGAAAACAUUUUUCAACUGUUCUCAAGUCAUAAACUCAGGAGAGAAGAAAAAGGAAUCAACUAAAUUAGUUUGUUAUACAUGCCUCAAAGGGCUUCUGUUCGUUCAUGAUCCAAUAUGGAUUUUAUUUUCUUUGCCACAACAGAGUUCUGAAUGUAAAAAUGUUGAAAUAAGCUAAACCUUAAAGGGGCAUAAAGCAGUCUGUGAAAUAUAUCGACCUCCACUGGUCACCCGGUCAACAACAAAAACAACCCGGAUAGGAUUUAUAGAAUUUAAAAGGAAACUCAUUGUCUCAUUGCAUGCGCUUCAUUCAUAUCAAGAUCACAUGUAUCAUAGCAUGGUGACAAGGUGGUGUCAUUCAUGACGAAGGCCUCUGCAUAGUUUUUGCACCGUUUCUUUCAUCUGACCAAAUAUGGAGGGCACGAUUGGUGCAUACUCCGCGACCCUCGAGAUGCCUUAGUGAUGUGUGGCUGUGCGUGCAGGCGAUUCAUUCAUCUGCAUCGGCAAUGUUGGGAAAACGUUGGCCAUUUUGUAUCUACCAGGUAAUUGCAUUCAGGUUCUCGUCUGUCAGUGCUCAAUGAGUCACGUGAGCUGGGCCAAUGGCUUCAAUGUCUUUGUUUUGACAAAACGACACACUAAAGGUCCAUGUACUCGUUCUUGUUCCAAAGCUUUUGACCGUAUCACAUGGUUUUCGUCGGCAGGCGUCGGGGGUUUUCUGUAUGUACAGUAUGUUUUCCAUUAACCCCGCUCCCCUUUCUUUGUCCAUGAUUUGUGUUGAGGUUGAAUUUGAACCUGAACCGAAGUCACCACUGGUUUGUCUGUCCUUCAGAGGCGACUUCCUAGUGCUGGAGUUUGCAUAGGGGGGAUAACUGUUGCCUAAAUGCAUCAUGGUCUCUGUUCGCCUAUGUAUUCCGAACUGCUAAAUGGACUGUUUUCGUUUGCUGAAAUUGGUCAAAUAAUUCAAUAAAGUCUUUUUUGUACUCCUUUUUAAAAAUGUGUGGCCAGUUUGUUUGGCUGAUAACAGAACAAAUGUACAAUUUAGAUAAGACUCUACUGUGCCCCGGGGGAAACAACAAGUUCUCUCCAUACAAACAAUAAGAGAAAACAAUCCUUCCCACCACCACGUUCACUGUCUUCCUAUUCUUUCUAUACUACAGCAUUGCUCCUUCUGAAACAUGAAACUCGUCUCAAUAUUAGAGCCUCGGAUGCAAAAGACACUCAGUUGUGUUAUUGAAUCAUGCCAUUAAAGCCUUUGACGUUCGCAA